GAUGUAAUGUUUUGUUUCAGGUGGAAAGCCUCCCAGCAUCCCACCUCAUCUCCUGCCACCAGGGGUCAGCUGCAGCUGCUGCCGUUGCUGCAGCUGCUGCAGCAGUCUGUGUGAGCAGUGCCUCCAGUGUAAGUAGGCAGUAACAGCAGUAGCAGCAUCAGCAUCAGCAGUGAGGGAGGAGUUUUGAGUAGCAAAGGUGUGAGAACCACUGCCACCGUGCCACCCCUGGGCCUCACCACCUCCCUGGCGCCCCUUACUACCACGGCCGGGGCCAGGGCUCCCUCACCCACCUCGUCCUCAUCGUUUGCCGCUGCCCUGCGUUCCCUUGCCAAGCAGGCCACUGCACCUCCAGGCACAGAGAAGGAAGGGUCAAUAUCUGGAGAGCCUCAGAGACUUUCUCCCAAAGUCCCGGUGCUGACGCCCCUCCCACCACGGGUCACAUCGGCAUCUCCAGUGGCUCGGUGCCGCCGGUGGUGACCAUCGCCCCCACUCACUCCCACGUCACCAUGACCACCGAGGCAGAGCGGACAGGGCCACCCGUCAGUGAGGAGCUGGUGCGAGGCUUCCAGCCCUACCGUGCCCCUGAUGUGCAGGCCUCACAGCCCACUGCAGCCACUCCUGCAGGCUCCCUGCGGCCCCCCAUGCCUCUCGAUUUGCCUCCCUCCUACUCUGCCUACCACCCCUCCCUCUACCCCCACCACCUGGCUCACCAGUACAGGCUGGAGGAGCAGCUGUACUUGGAGCGUUAUGGGCUGCUGCAGCCGCCUCUCAGCCCCUACAGUGUCGGGGGCUUGUCUGCCAUAUACCCUGGGGCAGCCACCUCCCCUUACCUGUCCUCCAGGUUCCCUCAUGAUCUUCUCCCCACCUCCCUGGCAGCCCUCCACCCCUCCUCCGCACUGCUUCAUGAGAGGUUAAAGCUGGAGGAGGACAUGAGGCAGCGGGAAUAUGAGCUGGAGAUGAGAAGAGAGCGGGAGCUGGAGAGGGAGCGGGAACGGGAGAGAGAAAGAGAGAGGGACCGGGAGAGGGAGAGAGAGAAGGAACGUGAGAGGGAAAGAGAGAAGGAGCGCGAAAGAGAGAGGGAGCGUGACAAGGAGAAGGAGAGGGAGAGGGCACGGGAGAAGGAGAGGGAGAGGCAGCGGCAGCGGGAGAUUCACGAGUCAGACCGCAGCAACAAAGAGGACACAAACCAGAGUCAUGACAGGACACGUGACCGCAGCCCCAUCACUCCCAGUGUGCCCAUCACCACCCUCAGUACCAGCAGUGUCACCGUCACCAGCACCAUGCAUGGACGCAAGAACCAGCCUAUUGGCGUGGCCACCCAGCAAAUGGCCCAGCCGCUAGACAUCCGGAACCAGGUGAUGUUCCGGCCUAUAAACGAUGUGACGUUCCUGGGCCACGUGCAGGCACAGACGCAGCCCAAGACGCAGACACAGGCCACCAGCACCAAGGAUGACCUGCCCUUGAGCAAGCUGGAGCCACCCAGGGACACUAUCAGGUCCUCUGGGAAGCCUCGAACGCCUGCCAUCGUGCGGCCCUUUGAGUCCACGCCCUCUGAGGGGAUGCAUGCCCUACACACGGUGAUAAAGAACACUAUGCCGCCGACAGUGAAGAACGGGGAGAACCUGAGUGGGCAGCAGGGCAGGAUAAUUGUGGGGAAUGGUGAGCUGAUCCCCUCCAGUGAGAUCAAGAAGGAAGCAGUGGAGGUGCGGGGAGUGGAGCAAAGACCGCUGGACAUGAGGGGGGUGGAGGCAAGGGGAGUGGAAGUGAGGGGACCGGAACCAAGAGGAGUGGAGUUAAGGGGCGUUGAGGCAAGAGGUGUGGAGGUAAGAGGUGUUGAAGGAAGAGGUGUGGAGCAGAGGGCAGUGGAGGCCAGACCAGUGGAGCAAAGAGCACUGGAUGCAAGAGGAGUGGAGGCAAGGGCAAUGGAGACAAGUGGAGUGCAGUCAAGAGGGGUGGAGACAAGGGGAGUGGAGCCAAGGGGACUGGAAACAAGGGGAGUGGAAGUAAGAGGUAUUGAAGUGAGGGGAGUGGAACAAAGAGGAAUGGAAGGAAGGGGAAUAGAACCAAGAGGAAUGGAGGGAAGAGGAAUGGAAGCAAGAGGAAUGGAGGCAAGAGGAAUAGAACCAAGGGGAAUGGAAGCAAGAGGGAUAGAAGCAAGGGGAAUGGAGCCAAGAGGAAUGGAAGGAAGGGGAAUGGAGGCACGGGGAGUGGAGGCAAGAGGAAUGGAGCCAAGAGGAUUAGAGCCAAGAGGAAUGGAACCAAGAGCAGCAGAACCCAGGGGAGUGGAGCCAAGGGUGGUGGAGGCGCGAGGCCCCGGGGAGGUGCGGGGAGUGGAGCCUCGUGCAAUGGAGGUGCAGCGUGUGGAGGCACCGGGCGUGUGGCAACCAGUGAAGCUUGAGAAGAGCAGCCCUGUUCCUGCUCCCCCCACCACCAGCCUCACCACCACCAGCACCACCACCCAUACCCAGCCAUCCCCACCCCAGCCCCCAGCAGUGCAGGUCAAGCCCCCACCCCCGCCAACACCUCCCCCACCUUCCCCGCCCCCCGACCCCCCCGUGAGCCGCCUGGAUGUGGAGGAGCAGCGCCUGAGGGAGCUGCGGGAGGCUGGCCUGGAGGUGGAGGAGGCAGAGGAGGUGCUGCAGGAGGAAGCCAUGGCCCGGGCCAGGGCUCUCAUGUUGGUGUGUACGAAGGGACCCCCGGCACCCCUCGACACUUCCCAUGAGAAAAUCUCCUUCCUGAACACGGUGGGGCUGAUCACGCACGCCCACGCACAAGAGGCCGAGCUGUUCCAGUGUGAGCGGCGGGCGAGGGUGCUGGGUGCCCUGGAGCCCUCCUCAAUCCCAUCGUCCCCCAAACACACAGAUUCGAUCUCAGAGGAGCUGGUACCCAUGCUGGCGCCUGGACACAGCCUACCACCUGUGAUAACCACCCCUGAGGAGUUGUGUCUGGCCCAUGAGUACCCACACAAGGCCCGCUUCCUCCACCACCUGGGACUGCAGCCUCAGCACUCCCUGCACCGCCAGCAAGAAAUUGAAGCUGUGUGGCAGCUGGUCGUGCAAGAGCGCCUGCGGAGGUACCGGCAGGAAAGCUCCGACCCGUUGGAGGUGCGUGUGUGUGAGGCACUGGAGCAGCUCCUCACAACCAACAACAACCACCACCAACAAUCCAACACCUCCACUUCCCUCCCCUCAACCACCACCACCAGCUCCCUCUCUGUUCCUUUGCUCAAGGUCACUACCACCACCACCACCACUGCAGCAGCAGCAGCAGCAGCCACCAGUACCACAGCAUCACAGUCUUCAUCCCCCACCACCACCACCACUGCCACAGCCUCCACGGCAGCGGCCGUCACUACCACCAGUACAGCCACACAGGCCACAUCCAAUGCUGCUGCUUCUGUUGUUGUAACGGGCACCACAGCCACUUCCACCACCACCACUGCCACCUCUACCAUCACAACCACCACAGCUGUUGCAACCACAACAACUGCAACAGCUGCUCCACUGGUGGCCACUGCCCCUAUGAAGGCAGCCAGCUUACCUAUCACAGUCGCCACAACAGGCCACAACACACCCACCCAUAGUCUAAACUCUAAGGUGGUGAUGAGUCGUGUGGGCGGCAGAAUCCCCAUGAAGGACGCGUUCAUCAUGUCCUCACUGCCGCCAGAAGAGGAUCCAUUGCUGGCCGGUCUGCAGGGAGUUGACACAGUCAUUGAACACUUCAUUAAGAAUGCACAAGCUCAAGGAGGCAGCAACAACUCACUACUCUUGGAGCACAUUGAAGAAGUGAGGAGAAGCCAGCUGGCUGUGUGUCAGACAGCACAGUUGGUGCAGGAGCAGGUGGCUCAGCUGGUGGCCUCCAGGGCCCAGCUGGAGGCCCACAGGUCAGCACUCCACCACCACUUGGCUGCCAUCACUUCCAUAAUAGCCAGCAGCACCAACCACUCGGCCACUACUACCUCCUCCACCACCUCCACAACCACAGGCAAUUCUCCCUCUACCAUAUCAAACAGCACCCAAGUUUCUAUGGCAGUUCCUGUAACCACUUCCUUCAUGGGUGUAUCCAAUGGUGCUUACACACUGGCAGGCGGGAACUGCACUACCAGCACGGCCACCACUGCCACUAGCACAUCCAUGGGCCAUGGGCAUCCUGUUCCCCUCACCACCACCACCUCAGGCCUGGUGACUGGACACCCAGUCACUGCAGUCAUCAACAGAAGCAUACAGUCAAUGGUUCCCAAUGCUCCUGCAAUGUCAUGGGCUGGCCUGGCUCCUCCCUAUCUUGGUAGUACAAAUAUUUCACUCUCAAUGGAGAAUAAGGAUGGAGUGAUCUAUUCUCACAUGACAACCAAGGAUAAUGGGAAAGAUGCCAAAACCAUCGUAUCAAGUGUAAAUACCUCAAAACCAAACCGGAUAUCUCUUCCCCAUGGGAACAACAAAAUGCCCAGCAGUCGCCAUAAUUCCACCAAGACCCAGAAGCACAUCUCCAUAGAAACCAGCCACAUUUCACCUGUCAAAUACAACGGCAUACCAACCAAUCCUCCUAAACAAAUCUUCAAACCACUCCAGAUUAGUGGACCAAAUGCAAAUGUGACUCUUUCAAAAAAAUCCAAACCUAUGACCUACUGCCCACCUCCCAGUGUAACCGGACACUCACAAGCUUCAGUAGCACUUGUCACUCCAACCACCACCGUCACCAACCAGAAUGGGUUACUGCCACUACCAGUCAACCACAACUCAGUCAGCAAGAAUGGCAGGACCAACAAGCCACAGAUUGGGUUCACCCCAUAUUCAAAAACCUCUCCCACCAAAGUUACGCAGUCUUGGAUAUCCAACUAAUUAUGUCUUUGCUCUAUUUAAACUAUGUGUAUAGAGUAAAUUUCUCUCUGAGGGGGUGUCAUUUUAUGAGGUUUCCUAGACCCUUGCAGAACCCUUGCUUUAGUGAAUGUUUCAUACAGUAUUCCUUGUUCUAACUCUGCCAAAGACUACGAUCCUCACAAGAGGAGUGCAGCUGCCCCUGUGGCCGGAAGCUGAAGAUGGUUGUAGCAUAAUUCAAGAAAUAUUACUAGUCAGGUAUAUUCUUAUCAGUUGAUGGCUUGGAAAUGGAUCAAGAAUAUGUAAUUCCACCACCACAUUAAAAUGUUAUGUCCACCUAAAUGUUCUGUGACAGCCAAUCAGUAUGAGUUAUCUCCAGUGCAGAACACUGUUUACAAGUGUGUGUGUGUUUGUGUGUGUGUGUGUGUGUGUGUGUGUGUGUGUGUGUGUGUGUGUGUGUGUGUGUGUGUGUGUGUGUGUGUGUGUGUGUGUGUGUGUGUGUGUGUGUGUGUGUGUGUGUGAAGCAAAGCCAGACUAUUGUGGUGGUCAAGAAAAAGGUUGAAGGAAGUAAAGUUUGUUCCAGCAUCUGAUCAUUAGGUAAGAUUUUCUGGUACUGAGAUGUCCAUACUGCACAAAGAGUUAAUUAUAUGUAUCUUAUCUAAAUUACAUAAAAACACAAACUUGAAAAAUAUCUCUUUUAAUUUUUUCUUCAUAUUCCACCCCAGUAUUAAAUCACUAAGAGAUGAUGUGAGUGGUAGCAAGCCUUGAGUUGGGACAGAUUUUGAUUCGUUGCCAGUUAGUUUGAUGUUGUAUGUAUGUAAAUCAAAUUGAAUUUUUAGUUAGCUGGGUUUAAUUUAUUUCAAUUAAUUGUUAUCAGAAAUCUUAAGAAUUCCUUAAAUAAAAAUCAAUAAUCUAAGAUUAAAAACUAAAGUGGCAUAGUUUGUUCAAAUUUACAUUAUACUUUUAAAAAUUUAUAUCAAGGAAAUUGGCAGCAGCAGCUCACUACUAUGUACAUUGAAUUGGAAUAUUCUCCAAGUUCCCUAUACUAUCUUCCUUAGAGGCUAAUGAUAGCAUUUUAAUAUUCAUAUAGUAACAACCACUAGUGUCCAUUCCUAGCUAGAGAGAUCCCUGAAAUGGAAGGAGAGAUGAUGUAUUUGAGAGACUUGUGCUGAAGGUGGGGUGUGUGCGGCAAGGUGGUGACGUGAGGUGACCCAGGAGUCUGUAGUGUGUCUGUGGGUGCCGGUGACCUGGUGUGUGUGCCUCCUAUGGAAGUGCCGGGGUCAUGCUGGCCCAUACUGUUUACUAUGAUCAUUUCAGGAUGCCUCAGUGCUGCCACCAGUCUCAGCAUAAUUCUUAACUAGAGAAAUUAUGUUUGUAUUUAUGAACAAAUCUAAUUGAAAAAAAUUAUAUAUAAAUAAAAUAUAGACUAUUGA